AUGGGGUCUGGGUGCUCACUUUGGCCUGGCUGGCUGCUGGUCCUGGCUUCCCAGGGAUGGCACACAAGCAUGGCUGAAAAACGUAGCUGUCUCUCCUACGGAUCGGAUGCUCUUACCAAUGGGUUGGAACACCUCCAUGGCUUAAUCUUAGAUGGCGGCCGUAAUGGCACCAUUCAGUGCCCUCAUAAUCAAUGCUGUUUUGGCAUCUGGAACCUCACUCAAGGGCGUCUCCAAGUCAAGGUGCAAGGUUGCUGGAUGAGCGAAGAGGACAGCUGUGAUUCUCCAAAUUGCGAGUUCCGGUCCGCUGCUGGCUUGCUGUCCUGUAGGUGCCGUUCGGAUCUGUGUAAUGCUAAUAUCAGCUAUGUUGAGCCCGGAGAGAGGCAGGCUGCGUCUCGGCUUGGUUCCAAGACCCUCUGGAUCAUCGCAGCUGUUCUUUCUCUGUCCUUCCUGGGAUGUCUGGUGUUUGUAGGUGUUGGCGUUCUCAGGUACUGGAAAGUCCCUGCAGAGUUAUUUUGCACAGAAGCAACUGUGGAGCUUGCCAACGUCACUGACACAGGCCCGGAUCACAAGGAGAAGAGGAAACUGCCCAAACAAGAGCUUACAGACCUACAGUUCAUUCGGGUUCUGCAUGAGGGACAGUUCUCCAGACUGUGGCAAGGAUCGUUCCACCAGCAGCCCGUAGCCAUCAAAGCCUUUUCCCCUCUGUGCCGUCGGCAGUUUAUGUCUGAGUGGGCCAUGCACAGCCUUCCACUGAUGAACCAUGACAACGUGGUACGACUAGUGGCUGCUGGGUAUGGGGAACCAAACAAGGAACAUGGUGGUCUCCUGGUGCUGUCCCUGUACCCAUUGGGAUCCCUGCGAAAUUUCCUCAGCCAGCAUAUUUGUUCUUGGGAAAUUACUAUCCGGCUAGGAUCUUCCCUUGCCAGCGGCCUUGCUUUCUUGCAUGGGCAGCAGUGGAAAGCAGGAUUACAUAAACCUGGAGUGGCACAUCGAGACUUAAGCAGCCAGAAUGUGCUGGUGAGAGAAGACAGGACUUGCGUCAUCACUGAUUUUGGCCAUGCCAUGACGUUGCCUGUGUCCAACGAGCGGUUCACAGCAGGCCCCACAGAAGGCAUUGUACACAAGGUAGGGGCCCCACGCUACAUUGCGCCUGAAAUUCUGGAUGAAAGCCUGAACCUGCAAGACUUGGGUUCAGCACUGAGGCAGGCAGAUGUCUACUCCCUGGCCCUGGUGUUAUGGGAAAUCCUCAUGAGAUGCUCAGCACUCUUCCCAGAGAACAUUGUCCCUGACUUCCAGCUUGCCUAUGAAGCAGAACUUGGCCGUAAUCCCACAUACAGUGAGUUGUGGAACCUGGCUGUCAAAGAAAGAGGAAGGCCAGCCAUUCCUCUGACUUGGAAAAGAACUGGUCUGGUUGCUGUUUGCCUACAGGAGCUCCUAGAGGACUGCUGGGACCCUGAACCAGAAGCCCGACUGCAAGCUGAAUGUGCCCAGCAGAGACUGCAGAGGUUGGGCACUGAGGAUCUGGCACAAGAUUGA